CGAAGAAGUCGAGCGUUAUCAUCUCCGAACGCUUGGGGAGUAGCGAGCGAGGCGAAGGAGAACGAAGGAAGAAGACGACGACGACGACGAAGAUGGCGACGAUAAUGGCGCUCCAGAGCUCCAUGGCGGGGCUCUCCAUCUCCAACUCCAUCUCCAACUCCUUCUUCGGCCUCCGCCUCUCCCCCUUCCUCCCCUCCUCCCCUUCCUCGAUCAAAAUUCUGGACAAACCAUGUGCCAUAGUAAUGAAGCUUAAGCGAUGGGAGCGCAAGGAAUGCAAGCCCAACAGCCUCCCGGUGUUGCAUAAGAUGCACGUUAAAGUUGGUGACACAGUAAAGAUUAUCGCGGGCCGCGAAAAGGGUAAAGUUGGAGAAAUUACUCAAAUUUUCAGGCAUAACAGCACUGUGAUUGUCAAGGACAUGAACUUGAAGACCAAGCACAUGAAAAGCAGAGAACAAGGAGAGCCAGGUCAAAUUGUAAAGAUUGAAGCAGCUAUUCACAGCUCGAAUGUGAUGCUGUACUCGAAAGAACAGCAGGUAGCAAGCAGAGUGGGGCAUAAAAUUCUCGAGGACGGCACAAGAGUUCGCUAUCUCAUUAAGACCGGCGAAGUAAUCGACAGUGCAGAAAAUUGGAAAAAGGUGAUCAAGGAAAGAACGAAGGCGAAGGAGUAAUCACACUUAACAUGAAGCAGAUUGUCUGAAUUGCAUAUAGUUCCAUGUUUCUGUUUUUCUCCUCUUUAUGUUCGACGAAUUUGUUUCAGAUGUAUUUUAUGCUUUACAUUACAAUUUUGAUUCAUAUCAGCAUGCAUAUAUCACCAAUUUAAGGCUCUCUAGGGUAUUUUAUUUAUUCCAUCCUAUAUAUGGAAGUGAAGCCUAUUUUCUUUUGCAAAUGUGAAUUGGAUGCCACAAGAUGCCUUUUAUUUUGUCA